ACCCUCACAGCCGAAAUCAGAAACCCUAGUUUUCACAAAUUGGGAAAAAUCGGAAGAGAGAAAAGGGGCGGUGGUGCUGGAGAAGAAAGCAGGAGAGUUUUUUUUUUCUUUGUGAAGCAUGGCGGAGCAUUUGGCUUCUAUAUUCGGCACGGAGAAAGAUAGAGUGAAUUGCCCUUUCUACUUUAAGAUCGGUGCGUGUCGGCAUGGUGACCGCUGCUCGAGGCUUCACACAAAGCCUAGCAUCAGCCCUACCUUAGUGCUGUCUAAUAUGUACCAGCGCCCUGAUAUGAUUACCCCUGGUGUUGACCCACAAGGCCAGCCCCUUGACCCUCGCCAGAUCCAGCGCCACUUCGAGGACUUCUAUGAAGAUUUGUUUGAAGAGCUUAGCAAAUAUGGAGAGAUUGAAAACCUUAACAUCUGCGACAAUUUAGCUGACCAUAUGGUUGGUAACGUUUAUGUCCAGUUCAGAGAGGAAGAUCAUGCUGCAAGUGCUCUUCAGAAUCUUACUGGAAGAUUUUACGCAGGACGUCCAAUCAUUGUCGACUUCUCUCCAGUGACUGAUUUUCGGGAAGCCACUUGUAGGCAGUAUGAGGAAAAUGUAUGUAACCGAGGUGGCUAUUGCAACUUCAUGCAUCUGAAAAAGAUAAGCAGGGAGCUGAGAAAGCACUUAUUUAAGAGCAGGCGCAGACGCAGCCACAGUAGAAGCCGAAGCCCACGUGGUCAUCGCAAUUAUGAUGAGCGUCCACCUGGAGGCCGUGGUUUUGGUAGAAGAGGAGGUGGAGGAGGUGAUCACCGCUACAAUGAUAGAGGGAGGAGACCUAGGAGCAGAAGUCCUGGACGAAGGAGUGGACACAGCAGAAGUCCCGGGGGUAGGAGAAAUAGAAGUCCAAUUAGGGAAGGAAGUGAGGAGAGAAGAGCAAAGAUUGAGCAAUGGAACAGGGAAAGGGAAGAGGCAGGAUCUGGGAGGAAUCAUGGCAGUAGUACGCGUAGGGAAGACAGGGAUGGCAGUGCUGAGAGAAGGGCAAAGAUUGAGCAAUGGAAUAGGGAAAAAGAAGAGGCAGAAUCUGCUAAAUACAAUAAUUUUGACACUGAUAAUGGCAAGAGUGAUGGUGGUGAUCACUAUGGAGAACAGUUUGAUGAUGAUUACCCGAAGCAGCAGUAGGUAGCAAAUGGAAGUUAUGGCUACUGAUAGUAGUGUUACUCUGGUUAGUGGCACUGCCAUUUAUGUUUUUUGUUCCUUUCACCUGAAUGUCUUUCAGUCAUAGUGGCACAUUGCAGAAGUAUAGCUCACUGUCCAUUUUCCACUGUGCAGGGUGGAGUACAGGUCCACUGUGCUGUGAUUUUGAAAAAAGCAUAACCCUUCUAUUGUCUUCUUUUUACCAUGUUUAAAAGGACAGGACUUUGUUUAGGAGGGAUCAUAGAGAGGCCUACUUAGGAACAUUGCCAUUUUCCCGACUCUGAUGCAUCAGUUGCUCGUACAGUGAAGCUUGCAAUGAUCAAAAUCUCAUGCUAAUCUUCCAAUGUCUUUUUUUUUCCUGUCUCCUGCUGACUACUAUUUUUAUAAUUUAGGUAACCCCCACCAGCAGUAAAAUAUCACCUGUUAAUUGGUAAAUGACUGUUUUCCUUAUCGAAAUAGAUAAAAUGAUUUUUUAACUUUAGGUCCUAUGGUCAAAUGGUUUUCCCUCUCCUCCUAGGUUUACUCUUCCUGAAAUAAAGAUGAAGAAGCAUUUUAUAGGAUGAUUGUGACUUGAAAAUUUAUCCCUUCUAUAAUUAUAAGCCGAUCUUAGCUUUGUUAAUUGCCUACAGUAUUGAGGCUUCUCUCUUUUCAGGAUACAGUUAGAGUUUGUCAUUCUUAGAAGAUUGAUCUUAUGCAUUCCAAGUUUUUGCAGGUUAAAAGGUUCCUGCUUUGCAGCUUACAAUGGUACUUGUAUACAGGUUUUCUCUGCUGCAGACGAGUCCACUGGACUUUUAACAUGCUAGGGAUGGUGAGAAGUGAAGGAAGAGAGUUCAUGGGCCUAUGAAGUUCUAGUUUCCAUUUUGGGGUUUUACCAUUUGUUAGGCAUUACAGGUUUUUAUCCUCGAAGACAAUUGUGCUGUGUAUAACUGUAUUGUCCGUCACAUGUUGGAUUGAGUUCAUUUCAGUGUUUGCUUGUGUUAUUUUAAGUGGAAUGCAGGUUUCUGUUGAACAGCUUUGUUAAAGAGAGCAGGAUAUUUAUUUGGCAGUUGCUAGCCUGCAGUGUAUACUUAUUUUGCAGUUCCUUUCA